UUGAUCUUCCAGCUAAAAAUACUCCCUAAAUUGAGGAAAAAGAACUUCCUUCAUUCUUGACACAAAUUAUCAGAAUGAAUAGGGAGGAUCAAGUUCUCGACCCAGAGCAGCAGAAAAAGGGUACCUGGGGACGGGAAGACAUUAGCGGCAACAUUAAAGGCAAAGACGACAGCGUUACAACGUAUAGCCCUAUCCAUCCACGAGAAGAGCAACGCAUUAAGGGUAGUGUUCUUGGAGGGGACAACAUCGGAAGAGAAACAAGAGACAUGAGAGAUCCCAUCCCUACAAAGAUGAGCACAAACAGCACUCCAAUAUAUGCAAGUUCAGUACCGACGUUUCCGGGUCAAGAGCAGCAGCCAAAAGCAGAUAUUGCUCUCAGGCAGGAGGAAGAUCACAAGAGAAAUGUAGAUGUGUCGUCAAAAGAGCAACCUGCAAAGAGUUCUGAUGGGUUAAAAGAAAAUAUCGAGUUGAUAAAAGAACAGCCACCAAAACAUGAAGCUGAUGAUCUUCGCAACAGCGAGAGACCUCGCAACACCAAUAUCGAACUCCCCGUGCAAAAAGAAGAUCAUCAUCCGUUGAAAGAGCAGCAGAAUAGCUUUAACUUUCCUGCACGAGAAAAUUCUACUCAUGACAAGAAGGACAACGCGAAUAUACCCGAAGGGAUCCCGAUUGGAGAUCGUGAAGGGUUGCCGCAGCCCGUGAAUCUGGCCGUCCUCAUUCAACCACCAACGUCCAACGAAAACAAGAAUGGAAAGAUUGAAGUAGACGUUAAAGUCAGCAUUUGCUGCCGAUGUUCAAUAUUAUAAAUCAACAUCUUCAGAGCCAAUGGUGGAUCAGACGCAUCGAUUUCAGGAAUGGGUUUGAGUAAUUGACAGUUGCUGCAGAAGGAACAGUUGUGGAUAAUUAUUGAACGAAGAAUGUCAAUAUUAUCACUAUCUCCCUUCAAAUGGGUAUUAUGAUGUUAAACAUUGAAUAUCGCUACCAUUUCUUAGUUGGGGUGUAUCGAUCAAGGGUGUUUGUUUCUGCUUUCUCUUAUGAUUUAUAAAAUUUCCAUC